GAGGAGCCGUCGCUAUGGGAACGGCUCGGGCAACUCCGGGCCGCGCUCCGCUCCCACCCCCCGCUCCCACCCGCACCGGGCCCAUGGCGGUGCCCCGCAGCUGCCGAGGCUGGGAUGAGGCUCCAUGUUGGCGUGUGGAUGAGCCUCAGCCCCUCCCCGGGCCGGACGGGGCCAAGGGAAGGGGAGAGCGGCCCAGUCCUCCCCGCUCCCAGAAUGCCGCGGCGCGGCCGCUCUGUCCGCCCGCCUCUGUGGCUGGGGCGCAUGGUCGGUGCGCGGGGCCGGCGCGGGCUCCUCCCGGUGUCGUUGGCAGAGCGGCGCCUCCCGGUCCCGGCCGCGCCGCCGGCAUGGCCCCCCCAACAGGUAAUGUUGUGGAUAGCCAGUCCCCCAGGCUCCUGGCAAAUCAGCUGAGAUGGGACCUGACUGCGGAGCAGAUAGAAACCAUGGCUGCAGAGCUCACCGAGAGAACCAAGCUUGUGUACGACCGGGUGGGCUCCCAGGAGCAGGGUGAGGUGUCCUAUGAAAACACUCUCAAGGCACUGGCAGAUGUGGAAGUGGAGUACACAGUCCGUCGGAACAUGCUGGACUUCCCCCAGCAUGUCUCUCCUUGCAAGGACAUCCGUGCAGCGAGCACUGAGGCUGACAAGAAGCUCUCAGAGUUUGAUGUGGAGAUGAGCAUGAGGCAGGAUGUGUACCAGAGGAUUGUCUGGCUCCAGGAGAAAGCCGAGAGCGCUUCGCUCAAGCCCGAAGCAAAGAGAUACCUGGAGAGGCUGAUCAAACUGGGGAAGAGAAAUGGGCUCCAUCUCCCUGAGGAAACACAGGAGAAAAUCAAAGCUAUUAAGAAAAAACUGAGUGUCCUUUGCAUAGACUUCAACAAGAACCUCAACGAGGACACCACCUACUUGCCCUUCUCAAAGGAAGAGCUAGGGGGGCUCCCUGAGGACUUCCUAAACUCCCUGGAGAAGACAGAGGAUGGUAAGCUGAAAGUCACCUUGAAAUACCCUCACUAUUUCCCUCUUCUGAAGAAGUGCUACGUGCCUGAGACGAGGAGGAAGGUGGAGGAGAUGUUCAACUCCAGGUGCAAAGAGGAGAAUUGCUUGAUCCUCAAGGAGCUGGUGGACUUGAGGGCUCAGAAAGCAAGUCUGCUGGGCUUCAACACACAUGCAGACUUUGUGCUGGAGAUGAACAUGGCUAAAAGUAGCCAGACAGUGGCCACCUUCCUGGAUGAGCUGGCCCAGAAACUGAAACCUCUUGGGGAGAAGGAAAGAGCUGUGAUCCUGGACUUGAAAAAGAAAGAGUGUGAGAAGCGUGGCCUGGAGUUCGACAACCGCAUCAACGCCUGGGACAUGCGCUAUUACAUGAACCAGGUGGAGGAGACCAAGUACAGCGUGGACCAGAAUCUGCUGAAGGAGUACUUCCCCAUGCAGGUGGUCACCACAGGCCUGCUGGCCAUUUACCAGGAGCUGCUGGGGCUCACUUUCCACCUGGAAGAGAAAGCUCAGGUCUGGCACGAGGAUGUCCAGCUCUACACGGUGAAGGACACGUCGUCCGGGGAGACCAUCGGCAAAUUCUACCUGGACCUGUACCCACGGGAAGGGAAGUAUGGGCAUGCAGCCUGCUUUGGCCUGCAGCCAGGCUGCCUCCUGCCAGACUCCAGCCGCCAGAUCUCAGUGGCUGCCAUGGUGGCCAACUUCACCAAGCCCACGCCGGACGCUCCUUCCCUGCUGCAGCACGACGAGGUGGAGACCUACUUCCACGAAUUUGGGCACGUCAUGCACCAGCUGUGCUCUCAGGCGGAGUUUGCCAUGUUCAGUGGGACACACGUGGAGCGGGACUUUGUCGAGGCCCCGUCACAGAUGCUGGAGAACUGGGUGUGGGAGAAGGAGCCACUGCUGCGGAUGUCCAAGCACUACAAAACUGGAAGCCCCAUCCCUGAUGAGCUGCUGGAGAAGCUCAUUAAAUCCAGACAGGCAAACACAGGGCUCUUCAACCUGCGUCAGAUCGUCCUGGCCAAGGUGGACCAGGCGCUGCACACCCAGACGAAGGCUGACCCCGUGGAGGUGUUUGCCCGGCUGUGUGAGGAGGUGCUGGGUGUUCCUGCCACCCCAGGUACCAACAUGCCUGCUACAUUUGGCCACUUAGCUGGGGGCUAUGAUGCCCAGUACUAUGGCUACCUCUGGAGUGAAGUGUACUCCAUGGAUAUGUUCCACACACGCUUCAAGCAGGAGGGGAUCAUGAACUGUAAGGUGGGCAUGGAUUACAGGAACUGCAUCCUGCACCCUGGGGGUUCCCUGGAUGCUUCUGACAUGUUGAAGAAGUUCCUGGGCCGUGAACCCAAGCAGGAUGCCUUCCUGGCCAGCAAAGGACUGAAGGUGGAGAGCAACUCCCUGCCUUCAGCCUGCUGAGCAACAGCUCCGGCCCAUCUGAGCCAAGCCAGCUCCUGUGUCUACACAAUAGUCCUCCCAGGUCCUUCUGUCCCCAAAACACAUCCUGGGCCAGCCCCUGCCUGGAGCUGUUGCUCUGAAAUCCUCCUCUGAGCUCAUGCCCUGGGCUUCAGGAGCCGUGUGCAGCCCCUCUCUGGGGCUCUGCAGCGACAGCUCUGCAGAGGGAGUGGAAUCCCCUGUGUCACCCCUCGAGGGGGCUGGUGCUAACCCACACAAAUUGGCUGAACUUUGAACCUGUUUUCUGCAGGAGGGUGAGUGUCAGCCUCAGUUGCAGCAGGGAGGGAGGGUGAGGGGACUCACAACUUGAACCAUUGUUUGAAAAAUCCCUUCUUUUUAAGAAACACUUUCCCUUGGGCUUGGCUUGUUUGGUGCCCCAGGGCAGAAUUAACUGCUCUGAAACAAGCUUUGGGAGUCCUGCUCUGGUCUUUGGGCAGCUGGAGACUGGGAAUAAAGAUGGGAAAGAUCCUAGAGCCUAAAA